UCAUUAGGUGUGUCAUUACCAUUCCCGUUAUUAGAAAAUGGUUCCUUAGCCAACACGCUCAUGGCUGCUGGCGAUAUGUCACCAUGGAAACCAGUGACACCUUAUUCAGACAACACAACUCUACCUUUUGCUCAGACUAUUGUUGGACGAGGAGUUUUACCAGAUAAAGUUCAGGGAACCAUUGACCCAAAUGCACCAAAACUUCUCAAAGACUGUUCAACAGCUGACGAAGUUCUCGGGCUGUAUCUAGCAGAAAUGUUUCCUAACUGUAUCAGUAGUGUGAAGGUACUUCAGUCACCUUGUCAAGUCACUGCUCCAUAUCCACAUAUGUUCAGUAGAAAUAUCAGUUCAGAUGGAUAUGUUUCACAAAAGAAUAGAUCUGACAGCAUGGGUGUUAACAGCGUACCAGUUAUGACGUCACUUCAGUCUACGCCAACAUCUGCCAAGUGCGUGCAGGCUCUUCUCAAGGAAACCAAAAAACUCAAUAUUUCCAAAUAUAACAAAUUUCUGGAAGCUGGACUUGAACAAGAUGAUUAUAAAGAGUGUUUAAAUUCUUUAGAGACUCUGCAAGAAAAUUAUGUGGUGGAUAUGAGCUUCAGCUAGCCAAUGUCAGGCAACUUAGGAGCAUUGAUGUCAACAACUGGAUUUUUAAAUUAUUAAAAUAAUGUCAGUGAAUGGCUAGAAAUUAUUAGAGCUUGAUUGUUAAAAUAUAGAUUACAGCAUCUCCAUUCUUGUGUUUAGUUUGUGAAUUUUUGUCGCAUUAAAUCUGACAAAAAUUCUGAAGUAACUGUGUCAACAGUCACUUAUGUGAGAUGUGCCAAGUCUUUUAUAUAUUUAUGCACCAUAUCUUUCAUAACAUUUGUCAGUGUGUGAAAUAAAAACCUCAAUUUUCA